AUCGGCAAGGUGUUUGUCAAACUCCCAAAAGAAGACAAAUCUAUCUCCCUCACUGCACCGGCGCCGUGGAGUUUGAUCGAGCGACAGAAAUGCGAAGACUCGGCCUGAUUUGAUGUGAAGCAGAGGUGGGAGGAGAGAGCAAGGAAGAAGGAAAGAAAGAGAGAUAGAACAUCUUUCAAUCUCUUUCUUCUCUGCACUUCUACUUCUGUCCGCUUCUCUCUUUUUCCUCGUCUCUGAUUCUGAUCCAGUAAAGCCUUUGCCGUGAAAACUGUGAAAGAAUGAAUAUUUUUUCUCGUUGAAGACGAAGAUUGGUUUUGUUUUAUCAACGAAGAGAUGGUGCCGAAUUGCAAACUGAGGAGGCUGUAUCAAGUUUGGAAUGGAAGCAAUCGGUUCUUUUGUGGUGGAAGACUUAUAUUUGGCCCUGAUGUGGCUUCUCUAUUGUUAUCCAUGGUUAUGAUAGCUGGUCCAACAAUAACAUUCUGUUAUCAAAUAAUUGUGAAAAUUCGAAAUCAUGAGAAGAGCCAUGAAGGAGAUUGGUUUCAUGACCAUCAUCAUGUACUUGGGUUUCCAGUUCUAGUUGUGACCAUCAUUACCAUGCUUGCAGAUUUGGGUUUCCUUCUCCUUACGUCAAGUAGAGACCCAGGUAUAAUACCACGAAAUACUCAAUUAUUAGAUUCAUCAGAAGCAUCUGAUGUCAAUACUCCUUCAAUAGAAUGGAUCAAUGGAAGAACCCCACGCAUGAGAUUUCCCCCAACAAAAGAGGUUAUUGUUAAUGGUUUUGCUGUCAAGCUAAAAUUUUGUGAAACAUGCUUGCUGUUUCGCCCACCCCGCGCUUCUCAUUGUUCAAUCUGUAACAACUGCGUUCAGAAGUUUGAUCAUCACUGCCCAUGGGUUGGUCAAUGCAUUGGACUGCGGAACUACCGGUUUUUCCUCUUAUUUAUAUCAACUUCGACUUUCCUGUGUGUAUACGUCUUCACUCUUUCCUUGGCGAAUAUCUUUCAGGAAAGGAAAAAUUAUCACAACUCUACUAUGAAGCUCAUUUUGGGAGAGAUUAUUUCAGUGAUUCUGAUGUUAUAUACUUUUCUAGCAGUCUGGUUUGUAGGUGGGCUGACUGUCUUCCAUCUAUAUCUAAUCUACACAAAUCAGACAACUUACGAGAAUUUCCGUUAUCGCUUCGAUAAGAACAACAAUCCAUUUGACAAGGGCUUAUUAGGAAACAUCAAGGAAGUCUUCUUCUCAAGAAUUGCACCUUCAAUGAUCAAUUUUAGAGCAUGGGUGCUUGAUGAACCAUUUGGAAGUAUAUCAUAUGCUCCACAUUUGGGGAUCGAUGUCAUUAGCACAAGUGAGAAGUUCGAUACUGAAAUGGGUGACAAGAUGCCCAAUCCUACCACAGCACACAACUUGGAUUACAACUUCAUCAAUGAAUACCAAAAAAACUUUGAUAAACUUCAGGACAAGACUCAAGAUCCUUUAGCUAAUAUUCAGGAGAAUGAUUGUCAAGGAUCUAAAGGAGAUCAACACAGCUGUGCAGGUAAAGAUGAGACCUUUGUGGAUUGCAGGGAUGGCAAGAUUGAAAAUGAAACUGUUAUAGAUGCCACGGCUAUUGAGGGGAUUUGCUCAAUUGCAACAGUUGUUCCUGAUAAUCAAGAUGUAAAUACGCACCAACAUGAGAAUACCUUUCUCAAUUAAUCAAAAUUGUGUAGAGGCAUCUCUGGACCAUCAAUUUUGCUGUUCAAGGAUGUGAAAAUGGUGCAAAGUCCAAACUAAAAGGUCUUGUGUGCUACAAUAGUGUGCAGUUCAUUCUCAGUUCAAUUGCCUUUUUAUAGUCAGUAAUCACAUUUGGCUUGUAGUUAUAAGCAAUCAGAUUUAUUGCGUUGAUUUAGAAAAUAAAUAUAAAGGGUGGGUGAUUUUACUACAAUUAUGCAUUGUUUCAACAUUUGUGGAUAACUUAUAGCUUUGUUUUGUAUAUAAAUGUACACUAUUUGGUGGCUGAUUUAAUA